UUCGUGGUGAUAGGGAAGAAGAAGAAGAAGAGCCAAUUGAUAAGAAAUUUGAGAUCACCCUUUUUUUUCAAAAAUAAUAAUUUUGAAAUUCGACUUAUUUCUACUACUUUCAGGACAUAUUUUGAAAUUAAAAACUUCAAGCUUCAAAAAAUGUUCAACCGAAAUUUAUCAAUUUUCAUGCGAAAGAGCUGAUUACUCGAUUAAGAUCUUCACUUUCAUCUUUCAGGCUGCGGCAGCGACUAGUAAAUCAUUGAUCGAUUUCUAGAAAAGUAUCGUUAUGUUUUGAUGUUAAAAAAAUCGGUACGGAUGAACGCCAGAAGCAGUACCUACAAGAAUCCAUCAGAGCAGAUGCUGCGAAUGUAUUCCGGAAAUUCCAUCUAGCUCGAAUGAAAAUAACGGAAGCGGUAUUGGCGGUCGUAUAAAAAAAAUCGAAACGAAAAAAUAACGGUGGCGAGAACGACUCUCUCGUGUCAGCGUCGACGUGGCAUAAGCAUCUACUCCACUUGUUGUGAAAACGUAUUAUAGCGCAGAUAUAGCCAACCGAACAAACGAUGUCGUCGAACGAAGAACUGUGUAACGUUCUGUUGAAGUGGUUGCAAACGUUUCAGGCUAGUCAAUUGCGCCGACUUGCCACAAUCGACGAUCUGACAGACGGCGUAGUCAUGGCUCAAGUGCUGCACGAGAUCGCUCCCGAAUGGUUUAGUAAAAUGUGGAUAUCGAAAAUCAAGCUCGACGUGGGUGAUAACUGGCGAUUAAAAGUGAGCAAUUUGAAGAAAAUAAUCGAAGCCGUAUCCGAUUACUAUCAGGAGUUCGUUAAUCAGAACAUCAGCUUCGUGAAGCCGGACGCUGUUGCUAUUGGAGAACGCAAAGACGUCGUCGAAAUGGUCAAACUGUUGCAGUUGAUUUUGGGAUGCGCGGUGAAUUGCGAAAAAAAACAAGAGUAUAUUAAAGAAAUCAUGCUGAUGGAAGAAAGCGUUCAAAAUGUGAUUAUGCAAUCUAUCCAGGAAUUAGAAACGAUAAUGGGAUCGUCACCGAUGAGUCUCAGUUCGCAAUUGAAUAUUGGCAGCGAAGGCAGCGGCGGUGGCGACGGAGGCGACGUGAUAGGCGUUGCUGGCCAAGGUCUAGGUCUAGGUCUGGGUCUAGGCGCUCGAGACGGCAUCGGCGAUGGCGUAGCUGCCGUCGAAUCGCCUGCGAAUCGUUUGCUGCACGAACUGCAGUCGACCAACGAGGCAAAACAGAGGCUGGCGUUGAAAUGCGCCGAAUUGGAGAGUCAAUUGAACGCGCUUCAAGAAGAAAGGCAAAACAUAUGCGAAGAGAAGAAAUCGCUGGAAGAACGUUUGGAGAAGACGAUGAACACGCUAUCCAAGGACAGCGGCCUGCGCAAGCAGAUGGAUUGUUUGAAAGAAGAAAUUUUCAAAUUGGAAACGGCUCGCGACGAUUACCGCGUCAAGUUGGCGAUGCGCGAAAAGGAGAUGGACGAGUUGCAAGUGAAAUUCGACUCGUUACAGCGAGCUGCCGCCGAAGCGCGUCAUCUCAAAGACGAGGUGGACAUAUUACGCGAAGACGCGGAUAAAGCCGAAAAGCUAGAAUCGACCGUUAAGUCGUACAAGAAGAAAUUGGAAGAAUUGAGCGAAUUGAAACGCGAAAUGAAGCUGCUGGAAGAGAAAAACCUGGCUUACGUUCAACAAACGCUCGAAUUGGAAGAAGAAUUAAAGAAAGCGAACGUUUGGCGAACGCAAGCCGAAAUGUACAAAAAACAGUAUUUGGAAGCGCGCGACAGCCUUAACGAGGAAACCAAAAAAUCGGAUAAAACGGAAUUCGAAAACAUUCAGUUGCGCGAGAAAUUGAACGCCGUUCAACGUGAAAAAGAAAGACUGCUCGUCGAGCGAGAUUCGUUGAAGGAGACGAACGAAGAAUUGCUGUGCAGUAAACUGCGACUAAAGGAAGAAGAAAUAUCCAAAGGGACGCCCGGCGGUAUCGGUGGCGUUGACGGAGGCGAGUCGGCCGCGUCUUCUUCGUCUAUGAUCGAUUUAAAACGAACGCUGGUAAGACUACAGCACGAGAACACGCUUUUGAAAGUCAAUCGCCAGCAGUCGGAGGACGAGAAGUUACCGUUAUUGCAGGCCAUGUACGACGACACGAGUCAGCAAAACAAGCAGCUUCGAAACGAAUGCCGUCUAGCCAAUCAGCGUAUUUUGCAAUUGGAAGCUGAACUGAAAGAGCUGCAGCAGGAUGCGGCGGUGAAAACUAGCAGCAACGGUGCUAACGUGGUCGGUCUUGAAACGAACGUCUCCCAGAGCAGCAUCAAAGAACUCAACGAACAGCUGCAAUUAGAAAAGGGUUUGCGAGUGUCGGAAAGCACCGAAAAAGAUCGUCUAGCGUUGGAAUUAAAGCAUCUGAAAUCUAUACUAUUGGACGCUCUCGCGCACAAAGACCAUGAAUACGAAGAGCUGGAAGACAAGUAUCGGAAAUGUUUGGAAAAAGCCAGAUGUUUGGCGAAAUCGUUGGACUGCGUGGAGCUUAUGUCGCCACUGCCGCCAGUCGCCGACGACAAUGACUCGGUGCGACGUAAAAUAACGCACAAAUCCGCCGCAGCCUCCGCCGCCGCUUGUAAUUCGGAAACCAUCGACGAACUCGAAAAACACUUGAAACGAGCCAAACUCGUCAAAGAAACCGAAGAAAAACUCGUCAUCAGCGCGUUUUACAAUUUAGCCCAAAAGAAGCAUCAAGAAUGUGUCGACUAUAGACUGAUGAGUAGUAACGCGGCGGCGGCGGCAGCGGCAACGACGACGAUGGGUGCUAAUUCAUCCAAUAUUCUCAAGCAAAGGCAGUCAGCCAUUCGCAGAGGACCUUUGACAUUUAAUCCGAAAUAACGACGACGAGUAGAACGCAUCUGAUUCGAUGACACGUAAUGCUCAGUGGCUCAUUUGCUACCUACUUAUACUAAAAGUUACGAGUUCCCCGCACCUUUUUUUUCCUUAGGAGUACCGCCUUACGUAAAGUAAACACCAAACACGGUAAAUUUUCAAAUGCUAAUGUAGCGAUGAAAUGCCGCACCACCUAUUGUACUCGUAUCAUCAAAAAACUACUCGCAGUAUAGGCAAUGGACUGUACUGGAUGGUGCGAUUAUGAAUAUGUACGAAAGGCUCUCCUGACAUCACCGCACUAACGGUUCUUCAAGUGUUUGAUGUGAUAUGUUACCUCAUCGUGUAAUGAAUGCAUAUGGACGAGAAUCGACGAUCGAUCUAUGUUUUUACUCGUAUAUGAUGUGAUGCGAUUCGAUGCGCACGUGUAAAUUAUACAUAAAUAUUGUUUCUCUAUGUUCGUUAAGUUUUCAAAAUAAAUAUUCUCGCGAUGGCAAA